UUCUCCUCACUUCUUUUCCCGCAACUGCAAAAACUUAACCUAAAACCCUAAAAUACUCUUAGCAGAGGCGAUCAAUGGCUUCCAUCGAACAAAUCCAAAAUGGUUCUCUUGUAACGCAUGAAUUUGAAAAUUCUCAAGUGAAACCAGAAGAAGCAGACGCAGGUUCAGUGAAAAUCGCACCAGAGGUUUCGAUAGAGAAGCCAAAAUGGCCUGGGUGGCCUGGGAGUUGUGUGUUCAGAUUGAUUGUACCGGUGCUCAAAGUUGGAAGUAUUAUUGGGCGUAAAGGAGAACUUGUUAAGAAGAUGUGUGAGGAAACUGGGGCUAAGAUUCGUGUACUUGAUGGCCCUCCUUCCUCUCCUGAUCGAGUUGUUCUAAUAUCAGGGAAAGAAGAACCCGAGGCAGCAUUAUCCCCUGCUAUGGUAGCUGUAAUAAGAGUGUUCAAACGUGUCACUGGUCUAUCUGAAGGUGAAGAUGAUGUCAACUUACCUGGAGUUGCUGGGGCUGCGUUCUGCUCCAUCAGACUACUUGUAGCAUCAACACAAGCUGUGAACUUAAUAGGAAAGCAAGGGUCUUUAAUCAAGCCUAUCCAGCAAAACACUGGUGCCUCCAUUCGAGUUCUUUCCAAUGAUGAGAUGUCAAUCUAUGCGACUUCGGAUGAGAGAAUUGUGGAAAUUCAAGGUGAAGCUCUUAAGGUUCUCAAAGCUUUAGAAUCAGUGAUUGGGCACCUUAGAAAGUUCUUGGUGGAUCAGAGCGUUCUUCCCUUGUUUGAAAAGAAUUACAAUACACCUGCCGUUCAGGAGCGCGAAACUGAGCCUUGGUCUGAGAGGACAAUGCUUAAUACCUCCCGACCAGGACUUGGUGAUUAUCCUCCUCGAUCAGGACUUGGUGAUUAUCCUCCUCCAACAAAGAGGGACUCACUGUUUCCCGAACGUGAAAGCCAGCUGGACUCACAUUAUCAUUCUACUGGACUUUCACUGUAUGGGCAAGAUCUUGGACUUGGAAUUCGCACUUCAGGUGUGGGUCGUGCUGGGAAUUCUGUUAUUACUCAGAUAUCCCAAACUGUUCAAAUGCAAAUACCACUAGCUUAUGCAGAAGAUAUCAUUGGCAUAGGGGGAGCAAAUAUUGCUUAUAUACGCCGUACUAGUGGUGCCGUUCUUACGGUGCAAGAAAGUAGGGGUUUAUCUGAUGAAAUCACAGUGGAAAUAAAAGGGAUGUCAUCACAAGUUCAGACAGCCCAGCAGCUUAUCCAGGAAUUUAUGAGCAGCCACAAAGAAUCACUUCCAAGCAGUUAUGGCCAGUUAGAUACAGGCUUGAGGCAAUCGUCUUACUCUAACCUUGGUGGUGGCUCUUAUCCAUCAUCUUCAUACAGCGGACAUCAUUAUGGUGGUGGCUAUGGAUCAUUUGGUGCUGGAGGAGGAUACAGUAGCUACAGGUCAUGAACAGAAUAGCCGGAGUCUUAGCACUCGUACUUCCCUUCCUGUUUGUUCUUGUGCAUCUGAUGCCAGAGCAAACACUGAAUCAACCGCAUGUGGUUCAUGCUUUGUUAAUCUGAUAUCGCAUACAACAAUGUAUUGAUAGCUUUUCCAGUAGCCCACCAUAGCUUGUAGUUCUUGCAUGUGUAUCGAUAUGAUACCAUUGAAUCUUUCGUUGAUUUAUUUAUACUUUAAGCUUCGUUUUGUAAAUGUUGCAACUUGUGACUUGCACAAAAAUGAUCAGUUGCAAUUGCUUCUCCAGAGGGGUGGUAGUUUUUCAGAUAUUUAUGAAUGAACC